AUGACUACUGAUUACAAUAACAAUAACAUCCGCCAUCUAAUCUCUAUCAAAGAUUUGUCUGACGAAGAAUUUAAAAUACUAGUUGACAGAGCUCAACAUUACAAACAGAUCUUCAAAUCAAAUGACACCACAGAAUUCCAAAAGAAUCAUUUGAAACUACUUGGCAGAACAAUCGCUCUAAUCUUCACCAAGAGAUCCACCAGAACAAGAAUCUCCACUGAAGGUGCUGCUACUUUCUUUGGUGCUCAACCAAUGUUUCUGGGUAAAGAAGAUAUUCAAUUAGGUGUCAAUGAAUCAUUUUACGAUACCACUAAAGUCGUAUCAUCCAUGGUUUCAUGUAUUUUCGCUCGUGUUAAUUCUCAUGAUGACAUCAAGGCUCUUUGUAAAGAUUCUUCUGUACCAAUCAUUAACUCCCUAUGUGAUACUUAUCAUCCAUUACAAGCUAUCUGUGAUAUGUUGACCAUUAGAGAACAUCUAGGCGACAAGAAGGACAAAUUAAAAAUCACUUGGAUUGGUGACGCUAAUAAUGUCAUUAACGAUAUGGCCUUGGCUGCUAUGAAAUUAGGUAUGGACGUUUCCAUUGCUACUCCAAAUGGUAUCGAAAUGGAUCAAUUUAUAGUCGAUGCUGCCUCUGAAGUAUCCAAGAGAAACGGUACCAAGUUAGAAUUGACUCAUGAUUCUAAAGCUGCCUCUAAGGGAGCUAAUGUGUUGGUUACUGAUACUUUCGUGUCAAUGGGUGAAGAAUACGCUAAAGAGGCUAAAUUGAAACAAUUCAGUGGGUUCCAAAUCAAUCAAGAAUUGGCGGAUUUGGCUGAUGAUGAUUUUAGAUUCAUGCAUUGUUUACCAAGACACCAUGAAGAAGUUACUGAUGAUGUGUUCUAUGGUAAGCAUUCUAUUGUCUUUGAUGAAGCUGAAAAUAGAUUGUAUGCUGCUAUGGCUGCCAUUGACGUUUUCGUCAUUAAUAAGGGUAGUUUCAAUGACUUGAAAUGA